GCGGCGGCCCGGAGAAGCGGGGCAAUCGCGCGGGCGCGGGCGCCGGCGGCGGGCCAUGCCGGGGACCGGGGACGGCGGGGAGGAGAGCUGCAGUGGUGGUGAGGGAGCGGUGCCGGGAACAGGCUCGGAGGCUGGGGCGGUGGCGGGACGGGAGCCCUCGCGGCUGUGCGGCUACCUGCAGAAGCUCUCCGGCAAGGGCCCGCUGCGCGGCUACCGCAGCCGCUGGUUCGUGUUUGACUCGCGCCGCUGCUACCUCUACUACUUCAAGAGCCCGCAGGACGCUCUGCCACUCGGCCACUUGGACAUCGCCGACGCCUGCUUCAGCUACCAGGGCCGCGAUGAGGCUGCGGAGCCGGGAGCCGAUCCGCCCACGCACUUCCAGGUGCACAGCGCCGGUGCAGUCACCGUGCUCAAGGCUCCUAAUCGUGAGCUCAUGACUUACUGGCUACAGGAGCUUCAGCAGAAAAGAUGGGAAUAUUGCAACAGCCUUGACAUGGUGAAGUGGGACAACAGGACUUCCCCAACUCCAGGGGAUUUUCCCAAGGGCCUUGUGGCCAGAGACACCACAGAUGUAAUUUCCCAGCACCCAAAUCCUUCUGCAGAAAAAGCCAGAACUGUGCUGGCUGUGGAAGCUGCCCCUGGGGAGCUGGUGGGAGACCGGGCAGCCCAUCAGCCAGCUCCCGGGCAUCCGAAUUCCAUCAACUUUUACUCUCUGAAGCAGUGGGGUAAUGAACUCAAAAAUUCAAUGUCAUCAUUCCGUCCUGGGAGAGGGCACAAUGAGAGUCGCAGGACCGUGUUUUACACCAAUGAAGAGUGGGAACUUCUAGACCCGCUUCCUAAAGACCUGGAGGAGUCCCUGGUACAGGAAGACAGGAAAAAGCAAGUGCCUGAGGGGAGUAAAGGAGUCACUAGUUCAGGAUUCCCCUUUGAAUUUGGACGGAAUCCCUACAAAGGAAAGCGCCCCUUGAAAGACAUAAUUGGGUCAUACAAAAACCGCCACAGCAGUAGUGAUCCUUUGAUCGAGGGAACACCGUCAGGCGCCAGCGGAUGUCUCCCUAAGCCAGUCCCCGAAAUGCAGCUGCAGAUUCAAAGCCAGCAAGAGGAGCUGGAGCAACUCAAGAAGGACCUGUCCAGUCAGAAGGAGCUCAUUCGGCUGCUCCAGCAGACAGUCCGGUCAUCACAGUAUGACAAGUACUUUACGAGCCACCAAAUCAGCCAGGGGGUCCCAAAGGACACGCUGGAGCUCCUCCACCAAAAGGAUGAGCAGAUCCUGGGCCUCAGCGGCCAGCUGGAGAGGCUCGGCCUGGAGAAGGAAAGUCUCCAGCAAGAAGUGAGGACGCUGAAGAGCAAGGUGGGCGAGCUCAAUGAGCGGCUGGGGAUGCUGAUGGAGACCAUCCAGGCCAAGGAUGAGGUCAUCAUCAAGCUCAGCGAAUGUGAGGGCAGCGUGUCGUCGCCUACCAUGGGACCCAGCUCUCCUUUGAUCAUCCCAGCCAGCAGGGACCAGCUGGAGCUGGACAGGCUAAAAGAUAGUCUGCAAGGGUACAAAAGCCAAAAUAAAUUUCUAAACAAGGAAAUUUUGGAACUCUCAGCUCUACGAAGAAAUGCAGAAAGGAGAGAGCGGGAUCUGAUGGCGAAGUACUCUAGCCUGGAAGCCAAGCUCUGCCAGGUUGAAAGUAAAUACUUGAUACUGCUCCAAGAAAUGAAGACACCAGUUUGCUCAGAAGAACAGGGGCCUGCCAGGGAUGUCAUAGCCCAGUUGUUGGAGGAUGCUCUUCAGGUUGAGAGCCAAGAGCAGCCGGAGCAAGCAUUUGUUAAGCCUCAUCUGGUCAGUGAGUUUGAUAUCUACGGGUUUAGGACUGUCCCUGAUGAUGAUGAGGAAGACAAGUUGGUCGCCAAGGUCCGAGCACUGGACCUGAAGACUCUGUACCUCACAGAAAACCAGGAAGUUUCCACUGGUGUCAAGUGGGAAAACUAUUUUGCAAGCACAAUGAACAGGGAGAUGGUGUGCUCUCCAGAGCUGAAAAACCUGAUCCGAGCAGGCAUUCCCCAUGAGCACCGUUCCAAGGUGUGGAAGUGGUGUGUUGACCGGCAUACCAGGAAGUUCAAGGACAGCAUGGAGCCAGGCUACUUCCAGACCUUGCUCCAGAAGGCUCUAGAGAAACAGAACCCAGCCUCCAAGCAGAUAGAGCUGGACCUACUUCGGACUCUGCCCAAUAACAAACAUUACUCCAGCCCCACGUCAGAGGGCAUACAGAAGCUGCGCAGUGUCCUGCUUGCCUUCUCCUGGCGGAAUCCGGAUAUUGGCUACUGCCAAGGCCUGAACAGGUUGGUGGCAGUGGCCCUCCUUUACCUGGAACAGGAAGAUGCUUUCUGGUGUCUCGUUACCAUCGUGGAAGUCUUCAUGCCUCGAGACUAUUACACAAAGACUCUAUUAGGAUCCCAGGUAGACCAGCGGGUGUUCAGAGACCUCAUGAGUGAGAAGCUGCCUCGACUUCACACCCAUUUUGAACAGUACAAAGUAGACUACACCCUCAUCACCUUCAACUGGUUUCUGGUGGUAUUUGUGGACAGCGUUGUCAGUGACAUCCUCUUUAAAAUAUGGGAUUCUUUCCUUUAUGAAGGACCAAAGGUUAUUUUCCGUUUUGCCCUGGCACUUUUUAAAUACAAGGAAGAGGAGAUCCUGAAAUUGCAAGAUUCAAUGUCCAUAUUCAAGUAUCUCCGUUACUUCACUCGGACUAUCCUCGAUGCCAGGAAGCUGAUCAGCAUCUCCUUUGGGGAUCUGAACCCCUUCCCCCUGCGCCAGAUCCGGAACCGGAGAGCCUACCACUUGGAGAAGGUCCGGCUGGAGCUAACAGAGCUGGAGGCCAUUCGAGAGGACUUCCUGCGUGAGCGGGACACUAGCCCUGACAAAGGCGAGCUAGUUAGUGAUGAGGAGGAAGACACUUGAAUGAAUCCCCACUCUAGGGUGCUGCUCUUCUCGCCUUCCUUCAUAACCAAAAGUAGCAAAGGCACUUCUCUACUCAUCAGAUCGUGACAUCUGCAGCCUCUGGGCAUCUGCUGGGCAGGUGUCCUAAAGCUAAGUUGCACUUUCUCAUCUCCCACUUGGGAGCAGGGGCCCGGUGGCUUUACAGCCAUUUCCAUGUCAUGGCCUUCAGUCAUUGCAUCAUAUGCUUGCUACCUGAUUGCUGACUCACCAGGUAACUGGUUAAGAGCCUGCUGACGGCAUCUGCCCAUUGUUUGUGUUUCACCCUGCAAAAACUACGUUCCACAUCUCCCUGUGCUCUUUCCUGUUAUCCAAGAGCAGCACUGUGGAGGAAUGUGCAGGGGGCUGCAAUGUAGCUGCUUCCAGGGACAAAAGGUCACCAUCACCAUCAGAAGAAGGACCUCUUAAAAAAGCAAGCAUAAAACUGGCCUCCUUAGAGAGCGUGGGAGCCCUCUCCUGGUGGCACAGCCAGCCGCAGUCCCUUCUGGACGAGCCUUUUCAGACUCACCCUGCUCUGCAGCAGGCCCCAUGCUUCUCAUUGCCAGCUGUCUGUCCCAGGUUGCAGUGGGGCUAACACAUCUCCAAGAGCUGCUGUGGAAAGCCCUUCUAGCUGGGAGCUGACUUGUAGAUGCCAUUCUCCAAGCGUGGCUGGAUUGGGGUUCCAAAGGAACCUUGCAGUAGACCCACCCCUGCAUAAAGGAACAUGGGAAACUCAGUCUGUGGCUGUGGGCUCCUGGAUGGCAGUGGCCAGGGCUCUAGAAUCUCUCCUGCCCAACAGAAGGGGGAGGAGUGGGGCUGACUGCCAGCUUCCUGCAUCUGGAAGCACCUUUGCUUGAGAAUGAGAGUGAUGAGUUCUAGUCUCUGCACUGCCUGGAUCAUCCUUAUACCCAUCAGGGAUCUGGGGCCACUGUGGCCUCUGGCACAGCGGACUCCCGGGACUUCCUUCUUGAAGCCCAGACAGGUUCUGAACAAGAAAAGUUAUUUUUGCUCAACUCCAGAGCAUCUCUGAUGGGUGUCUGUCAUGAGAAAACAUCUUACACAGUAUUAUUGGAACACAAGGGAAACAGCCUUAAGUGGACUAUUUUACACUACCUGGAAAAAAAAAAUGGAAACAAUCCUUAGUGUAAACACACUCAGACUAAGGAAUGGAGCAAGACAGUUUUGAGAAGCAUUUUUUUUCCAUGACCCGUUUUCCUGUUUUUGCUGUCUGCUUUCUAGCACUUGAAUGGCUGAAUCCAUUUUUUAGUAUCUAGACUAUGCUUAACUUCUCUAAAAGUUGCUUCAUUUAUUACCAUGUAAAAGGAGCUGGUCUCUAUAUUUAGCCAAUAAUCUUUGUUUUCAGAUAUCAAAAAUGUCAUCAUUAUGUCUUGGGAUGGUGUUUUGAGGCCUAGCUUCUUCAGGAAGCUGUCUGGAGCUGGACAGUGGUCUCACUGCUGUUCCCAGAGCCUCCGAGACCAAAUGCUGGAAGAUGUCCCACCCCCUGUGAAAUGUCAGCUGUCAGCCUUGGGGACAGCUGUUAGGAGGUGCAGUAGGGUAGGGUUGGAGCCCCAUGAUUCAGCUCCAGCUGCUCUGAUUUCAGUUGCCGUGUCAAUUUCCUACCAGAAGAUGCAAGUCCAUAUAUGUAUUUGGUGUAAAUCUUAGUGGUGGGCUGCUUUUGUCCUGUGCACCGGUAGAGGCAUCUUUAAAGUACCUGGUGAUGAUGGGGACAUGGCUUAGAACACAUGCCUGGUGUGGGGGCCCCUGGGUUCCAUCCUAGCGAUGAAAAGAAAAAUCUCCAGUAUGCAUGGGUGCCUGUUCUGCCAUUCCCUGAGAGACAGCAUUAGUUUCUCAAGCAGUUAGCAUCAGUGCCCAGGUAAAAGAGGUCCCAAAGAGAAUGAACACUUAGAGGCUUCUCUGUGGAACAAAUGACUCAGUGUCUUCAGAGCUGAGAGGGAAUGGUUGCCCUCUUUCCAGUUUGGAGACAAAAUGACAGAGGCUCAUCCCAGAGGCACAGCUCCAUUCUCUGAGACCUGUCUUUACCCUCCAAUGCUCCUGAGGUUCCAGACUUCUACCAACCACCAUGGCAGGUACUCCUAACGUCAAGGACUGCCUCAUGCUGCUGUUCAUCUGAACCUUUACCCAGCAUGCAACCCAUGGCUCCUGCCUGGUGAGCCUUGCGGGCUGAGAUACCCAAAGCACAGCCUCCAGUGUGUGGGUCCAAAUGCAUGUGCCACAGUAGGGGAGCACCCUGCCCUCAGUACCCCAUCUGGUGGGACUUACCAAUAUUCUAACUGUUGAUACUUUUAUAUUUUCACUACAUUUUAUAUUUUUAUAGACUAUUUUAUAUUAAGGUUUUUCUAGAUUCUGUACAACUUUUAUAUAACAAGUUUUAUUUUGUGUGCACAACUCCCCUGUAUGUAUUUAUAUCAGCCCAAGCCUUCCAAAUUGCAUUUCCCUCUUGUGCCACCUUUUCCCUCUUAGCCUUGACUGUCACUCUCCUCUGUUCACCCAGGUAGCCUCGGGCUACUUCUAGCCAUGAUGACAGCAAUAACAGGUCGGCAUUUACUUCUCUGGUGUUUGUUAGCUGUGGUCUGUUGAUACAGGAGGUACUCCGGGCAAUACCCAGUCAGGUCUUGUUAGCUAUGUUACCAUACAAGCCCCUCUUACUUAGUACAGUGAUGUCCUGAUGCAACCACUUCUGGGUGGGUGGCUGGUCAGGAAAGUCCUUGAAGACAGAGGCUAGAUGCAAGCCCAGUGUAUGAGGCUCCUCUCCAGUGUGCAACUGGAGGACUUGAGGGCACUCUGCCAAGUGACUGUCCUUUUAUAUCCCAGGAUAUAUCAAGGAUGUGCUCAUCCUUGAGUUAAAUGUUAGACUUGUAAAGGAAGAAAUAAACUAAUUUGUAUUACAUUCUGCCUCGAAA